AUGGCCGAAAGACGGCCAGCCCAGGUUUGCGAUCGGUGCCGCGUUAAAAGAGUCAAAUGUGAUGGACGCCGGCCGAAGUGUGGGAAAUGUGAGAGGGCUGGUGCUGAAUGCUCAGUAUCUGUCCGGCUGAAACGGAGAACCACUCCACGAGGGUACAUUGAACCAACCGAAGAACUCAUCCAGCAACUCACGCAAGAGCUGGAAUCAGCUCGAGACCAGCUGCAACUUCUCUCCGCACGAGAAGAGGGACUCCAUGAGACUAUUACGUCACAGAAGAAAGAGAUUGAACAGUUGCGGGAGCUCGUUACCGCACCUCGCCCUGGUGGCUACACGGCGCAUGGAGAGAGGGACUCUAAUGGCUCUGUGGUGGCACACCUUGGACGACUGGUCUUGGGCGAUGGCAACUCCGAAUUCUUUGCAGGUUCUACGACAGGGGUUCAUUUUGUUCUCUCGGCUCAGCAGCUGUAUCAAACUACUUUCUCUUCCCAAGAGCAUUUUCCCGAAUGUUUGUUUCGUCUGCACAUCCUGCGGCCUAGCGGAUCGCCCGUCGCUUUCGAACAACCCAUAAGCGUUGCAAGUUGUUUGGGGGACGUUCACCUUACUUCAGGCAACAGCUUUGAGUCUCUACGUAAUCAUCUCCGUAAUGUGGGUGUGGUUGCUGUUCGCGGGGCAUUUGACAAGUACCAACAAUGUUGGGGAAUCCUAUAUCCUGUAUUGCUGUCAAAACAGUUCCUUGACGCUUUCGACGACACAAUCAAUGAUACGUGGACCACAUCGAUGGAACCGCAUCUCAGGGUACCAUUCCUCCUUCAGGUGUAUGCUUUGAUAGCACUUGAGAGCAUCCAUGGUAAUACUGCCGCAACUGAAUCAGGGCGCUUGUCUUAUCACCUGGAUACCAUACUGAGCAACCUACUUGGUCAGAUGCCUUGCCGAGGAGACAUUCUUAGUCUCCAAGGAUUAAUCCUUUACCUUCUCUAUCUCCAGAUGACAUCGCAGCACUCGUUAGCAGUACGUGUGUGUGGUAUGGUCGUAAGGCUGGCGCAAUCGCUUGGACUGCAUCGACAUACUAGACGAUUCAAACACUCACCCGGUGAAAGUGAGUUGCGAAGGCGGAUAUGGUGGUCUGUAUAUGUGCUCGACGUACAAUCAAGUAUCCUAUAUGGUCUACCCAGAAACAUACAAGCAGCAGACACAGAUACCGACCUCCCUACCAAUACCGACUAUGAUGAUAUGCAUAGCGAUCAGCUGUCCUACCCAUUACCUGGAGAAACUACCCAUAUCGAGCCAUUCCUCCAGUAUGUUAAUCUCACACAAAUUCUAUCCAGGUGUCUAGAGCAAAUGUAUACGACCACCAACCGAAGAGGGGGAGUUGCCAAGAUCUUUCGACUUCAACGUGAGCUUGAUCUCUGGAAACAAAACGCUCAAUCAAGUUUACCGAACAUCGCACGCACUGGGGAAUUUAUCCAGACGAAAAUGCAUAACAUAAACAAUAACACCACUGCCUACAACGCUGUUGAACACCCCGAUAUCAUUUCUCUAUGGUUGUUCAUUUUAGGAGAGCUAGCCACCAUGCUCAUCCAUCGUCCUGCAUUGACUUUUGGGCAGCAAGAACCACAAUUCGCGGAUAGCCUGCGAUCUUGCAGGGAAGCAACGACACGCCUCAUUCUAGCGUUUGAGUUAGCCUCAGAGGCGUCGUUCGCACCCUGCAUUUGGCCGUCAGGUCAUCACCUCGUUUUUCAGAGCGGAUUGAUGCUUCUCUAUGACCGGUGGGUUCAAAGCCCAGUCCAGCGGUCUGGUAUUUCAUCAGAACCAGAUACCCUCCCCAAGCUCACUCAGGUCGUUAUCACUCUUCUUUCCAGAUCAGCUGCGCACCUGGACGAAAGAGUAGGUUCGGGAAGACCAAGGUCUCCCUCUACGACGGAUACAAUAGAAUCCCUUCGACAGGCAUCGUCCUAUCUUCACUAUCUUUGUACGCGAACACUGGAACGCCAGGGCGACUCGUGCUCCUGGCCACUGCUCAGCCAAUGCUCGAUGGAAAAUCCGAUUCCUCACACAAGUCCCAUAGUCACCGACAUUCAUUCAUUAACUGGACAGGGGCAACCAACACCGCUUCCAGACUACUCUUCCUCCCUCUGGGCACCAUUAUCCAUCGACGAGAUCAAUCAAAUGGAGAUAUUCGAGCUUACCGACCCACUGUUGAUUCCUUGGGAGAAUUAA